CCGUUCGCUUGUUUUGGACAUGUUUGAUCUUUUGAAAAUGAAUGCGGGCGAUUGUCAUACAAAUAACAUAUAACGUUUCUUGUUGCUGAAUAGCAACGCGGGAGAACUCUGUGAAUUUAUUCUUCAAUAACCGAUAUGGAAGCAACUAAACAAGCCAUAGGUUCAGUAAACAUCAUCACCGCAAAACAAACGUUAACGACACUCGAACGACGCUGGCGCCGGAUUCGGUUUGGGGUACGAUAUCUCGAUAAACUCACAGGUGGCGGUAUAAGUUCACGUGGCAUUUUUGAAAUAGCAGGUGAAGCCGGUUCCGGUAAAACGCAGCUAGCACUACAUUUAGCGUUGGUAUCUCAAAUUACUUCGACACCUCCAAAAGGUGUGGUGUAUAUAAGCACAGAGCAUACUUUCCCGUCCGGGCGAAUCGUUCAGAUGGAACAUGCAAUAAAAAAAGAUUUUCCCGGAGCUAGCAAGGGGGGCUACAAUUUGACAGAUAAUAUCUUCGUUGAGCAUUUGCACAGCCCGACCUCCCUCGAACUGUGCAUUAGUGAGCGACUUCCGGUUUUGCUGGAAAACAAUCCAAUUGGGUUGCUUAUUAUUGAUUCCAUAACUGCGGUGUAUGUCGAAGAACAAAACUACGUUGAACGUGCCCAUUCUUUCCGCCGUGUGGUUCGCGCGUUGCAUUCACUCCAAGAGCAGUUCGAUUUUGCAGUCAUAUGUACCAAUCAAGUACGUUCGGUGAUCGACAGCUUCUCCCUGGAUGAGGAGAAAAUCGUACCAGCUCUGGGUCUCUCCUGGGCCAGCCUGGUUCACACACGGCUGCAAAUCAGUCGGCUAGAGGACUCAAAUCAACGGCUUUGUCGGCUGCUUUUUAGCCCUGCGGUGCCACCUGGUGAGUGUUACUUUGUUAUCACAGAGAGGGGUAUUUCGGAUGCAACGGAUGUCGCGUAAGUGCAUUUACAUUGUUUUAAGUUUACAUUUAAAAUAUAGAAUUUCACACGUAUUCCACCGUAUUUUUUAAGCUACUCUAUGACUGAUUGUUUUUUUUUUUUCCUAAUAUAGUAAAUACAUUAUGAUAAUUACCUAUGUUAUACCCCUA